CACUCUGUGUUCACUGCUCUCUACUUCACAUUCAUAUAUUCUCCCUUACACUCUUCACUCCAAAAGUUUCCUUCAUUUUCUAAUUUGAACAACAACAAAUCAAUCAAAUCCUUUCUUCUCUCGGUUAAUGGCAGAUUAUUGUACUACUAAUCCAAUGGAAUUUCUCCAAUUUGAACAAUUAAUCCCUGGAUUACCAGAUGAUUUAGCUUUGGAAUGUUUAUUAAGAGUACCAAUUACUUCUCAUCCUUCAAUUAGAUUAGUUUCUCAUCUAUGGAAGUCCACUGUAUCCAACCCUUCCUUCUUCUCCAACCGCCGCCGUGGUCUCUUGGCCGAAAAUCAUGUGUUUCUAAUUCAGCCACUUUCUCCCCUGCCACUACCGCCGCCGCCGCUGCUGUCAUCUGAAGACAAAGAUGCUGUCAUCGGAGAUACAGACAUGAUUGAUGUCAAGGAAACGGUUCAUAGCGGUCCGCUGCUUUACAAUCUGAACGUUUUUAACACGAAUAAUGAAGAAUGGCGUUGUUUAGCUGGGAUUACAAUCCCCACAUUUUCGCAGUGUGUUGUUUUGCCGACGAUUGGAAAAUUAGUCGUGCUGGGCGGGUGGGAUCCAGCGACGUUGGAGCCCGUAUCGAGGGUCCUUGUCCUCGACCUCGCCGUCGGUACAUGGAAGGAAGGAUCUCCGAUGCCGACGGCGAGGUCGUUUUUCGCCUGCGCAGCUGUAGGGCCUUCGACGGUCUAUGUCGCCGGAGGUCAUGACGGACAGAAGAAUGCUCUCCGGUCGGCAGAGGCCUACGACGUGGUGGCCGAUGAGUGGAAAGCCCUGCCGCCUAUGGCGGUAGAAAGGGACGAAAGCUACGGCUUGUCCUUAACAGAGGACGGAAAGUUCUGGGUUAUAAGUGGCUACGGGACUGAAUCUCAAGGGAGAUUCAAACCCGAUGCUGAAGUAUUCAACCCAGAAUCGAAUACUUGGGAGAUUGUUACCGGGGUGUGGCCGUACCCCGGAAAUAAUCCGAAAUCCACCGCCAUUGUAAUCGUAGAAGGACAACGACGGUGGUGGUAUAUCGUAGGAGGGGAAAUAAAGGAGUUUCAAUGGGAGGAUAAGAUUUGGAAAGGGAUUAAUCUGGGUUCGAUUCCGAAACGGGUUACAGAGUUGUGGUCCUCAUCAUCGUCGGUAUCGUUGCUUGAUGUUGGAAAUGGUAAGAUUUUUUUGAUGGGAAAUGGGGAGAAUUGUGGUGGGGAAGGGAUGAUAAUUUUGGAGAGAGAAAAUGUGGAUAACAACAACAACAACACCAACAAGGGUGGUGUUAAUUGGAGAUGGCAACAUGUUCAUGCUCCUCCUAGAUUUUUAGGGUUCCCCUUCUCCGCUUCACACCUUCUUAUCUAAUUACACUUUUCCAAUAAAUCAACUAUUCUACUAGAUUUUGUCCUUAUGAAAGAAAUGAUAUAUUAAGGUGAAAUAUUGAGUAUUUUAUUAUUGCAAAUCAAGCGUCGCACAAAAACGUUCUUGCAAAUAUAGUUAUGAAUAAUUUCGUAUGUUAUUCGAAGAA